UUAAUAUAUACAUACUGUAUAAUCAAACCCUAAUUAAUUAAUCUAACUCACCGUGCUUUCUUCUUUGUAAGAUUCACAACGAUGAUCUCCAAUCUUCCAUGGGAUGUGGUAGAGGAGAUACUCUCUAGGGUCCCGGUGACAUCUUUGAGACGGUUAAGAUCUACUUGCAAAGGAUGGUACCAUCACCCUUUAUUCAAAGACCCCGGAUUCAUCAAAAAGCACUUGGAUAAAACUGAAAGGCAGUACAACGAUGUCUUGUUGAUAGAGUUUAAGGUUUAUUCACUGAGUUCCAAUCUCAACGGAAUUCACGUCAACUCACGUCUAUUGUUUGAAGAAGGUGUGUGGUUUGGAACCCCUUCUCGGGGAAAACCAGAUGGAUCCGACCGAUAAACCAGUAUCACAAGAGAUCAGAUGAGGUAUAUGCGCUCGGUUACAAUAACAAGGAAUUGUGCCAUAGCUACAAAAUCUUGAGGUUUAUAGAUAGAAAAACAUUAGAAAUGUAUGAGUUUAGCUCUAAUUCAUGGAGGAAUUUUGAUGUUUCGCCCCUUGGCGACUUAGUUAGUCGUGGCGUG